AUGCAUGAGAUUGUCACACUCCAGUUGGGGCAGAGGGCCAACUACCUGGCGACACAUUUCUGGAAUCUCCAGGAAUCUUACUUCACAUAUAAUGAGGGUGAAGAGUCGCUACUUGAUCAUGACGUCCAUUUCCGACCUGGAGUUGGGGCAGAUGGGUCGGAGACAUACACCCCUCGAGCUGUGGUCUAUGAUCUUAAAGGUGGAUUUGGAACCUUGCGCAAGUACAAUGCGCUUUAUGAGCUGAGUGAGGAUGCGGUAGCAGGCCAGGGUCUUUGGGAUGGUCUCGAGGUUGUACAAAAGCAAGCGCCUAUUCCACAAAGCGACUACCAAAAAAGCUUAGAUCAAGGUACUGAGGCCCCGCAACUCACAUCAGAAACGGUGCGGUACUGGUCCGACUACAACCGGGUGUUUUACCACCCGCGGUCUAUUGUCCAGCUCAACGAGUAUGAACUGAACUCGCAGAUGAUGCCCUUUGAGGACUGGGAUGCUGGCGAGGAACUCUUCAAUGACCUUGAUAAAGAACAUGACCUUCUGGACCGAGAUAUGAGACCAUUCGCGGAAGAAUGCGAUCAGCUGCGGGCAGUACAGCUGUUCACUGGAUCCGACGAUGCCUGGGGUGGGUUUGCCGCUCGGUAUAUCGAUAGAUUGCGAGAUGAGUAUGGAAAGAAGAGCAUUUGGGUUUGGGCCCUUGAAGAUGGUUCAAGAGUUCAGCGGCAUCAUCAAUUCAAACGAGAUGUCAACAAAGCCAGAUCUCUCUACUCGAUAUCUUCUCAGUCCAAUCUUUACGUUCCGCUCAUUGAUAUCCCACAGAGGAUUCCCAGCUAUCUCAAUGUGGACCGCUACUCAGAGUGGCAAAAAACAGCUUUGUUGAGCUCGGCAGUCGAAACCAUCACUCUGCCAUCCAGAAUUCGAUCCCAUGAUGACUUUGAAGCAUCGUUGGCUGGAGAUGAUGGCAGACACAAUAUCUUUGAAUUGCAGGCGACUAUCAACCCUGAGGCCGGCAGUGAUAAUGCACCGUCAUGUAAGGAAGACGGGCAGCCCAAAGCUCAAACUCAGUUUGACAUUGACUUUACCUACGAUGGCGAGAGUAAGAACGCAACUAUUUUCAACCAAGUCCAGGUAAUGCGAGGUUGCGAGCCUACUCAACCUUCUCAGUCCUCUGAGGGUGACAUUGGGCAUCUACGUAAGCUGCGACUGUAUAACUCGGAGCCAAUGCUCUGGAGCUACCAAAGCCCAUUGCCCCUACCCAUCCUUGACAGUUUCCCGCACGGCAUGUAUGCCGCCUCCUCAUCCACUGCUGACGGAGUGAGCGUCUUUACCGCAUUGACCGCUUCGACCCGGACUGCCGAGCGAGUCAAGAAGAUUCAGGCCUCCGCCGCGCGUAUGGUGUCGAUGGACGAACGAGAGGCACUGGUCAAUGGGCUGGGUGAAAUCAGGGAAUGCUAUGAGACCGGAUGGAGCAGUGGCACCGACGAUGACGAUGAUUGA